AUGGACGACGCAGAAGACCUCGAAGCCGAGCUGCAGCGGCAGCUGCAGGACGUGGCCAUCGACGACGAUGAGGAGGACGAGGAAGACGAGAACGAUGGGGAUCGACCAGUGUACGAGCGCAAGUCGCUCGACGAGCUCCUCGCCAGCUUACAAGACGAGAUGCAUGGGACCAGUGCGAGUCCCAUGUGGACGGCGUUUGCAGAGGCAACAAGGGCCGCAGACGUGGCGCUGCUCUCGGCCGUCGAGACGGACCUCGCCGACUUGGACUUGUACGACGUUCGCAGCGCCAUCGAGGUCGACCCGCGAUCGGUAGCGACGACGCCAAACGACAUGCCCCUCCCACCGACGCCAACUCCGAACGUGACGCUGGCUUCCAACGGCGCUGCGGCGCCGGUCCCCGAGGAGGCUUCGCUGGCAACGGAGGACGAGGCCAGCGUGAGCUACUGCCACGCCCAUUGCGAGCCAUCGUGCGAUGCAGUGUGCUUGGCCCACUGCGCUCUAGUCAUGUGCUCCUAUUACUCGAGUAGCGCAGCAGCCGCAGCGGCCCGGCACGCAGCCUCAAUGGCCGAAGACGAGGUCUUCUGGUCGCUCUCCCAGCAGUCGGUCCAGGCCAUCGCCAUCGCUGCUCGCGUGCCCACCGUGCUAACCGAGUCGCCAUCUGACGCUCUACCUGCAAACAACGUCGACGCAGCGGCCGUCAUCGGUAGCCCGACAAAGCUCGACCAUGAGGCCCGCUGUGAAGCCAUCGAGCGCAAGCACCGAGAGCGCGUUGCAGCGAUGGAAGCCGAGCGAGCGGCGGCCGACGCCGCGUACGAAGCCCAGCAGCGCGAACUUGAGCGCGAGAUAUCCUUUCUCCUUCCCGCUCUGCCGUACGUCAUCGCCGCCGAGACCCGACGGCUGGCCAAGCAGCGCCGCGACGAAGCGCGGCAGCGCGCCGAAGACGCUCUCCGCGCCGAGCAAGCCGCACACGACCGCCGCCUCGCCGACGAAGCGCGCCGCCUCGACGAAGAGCAUCAGGCUUUUCGCGAAGACCGCCGCAGUCGCGCGAUACACAUUGCGAUCGCGCGCAAUGAGCGUCUCGCCAUCGAGGGCGCCCGCGCGACCAACGAGCGCUCGCUCAUGGGCGCCGAAGACGCUGCAUCGAUGGCGUUGGCACAAGCGCUCGUGGCCGUCGCCGCCUGGAUGCGCAAUGUCGAUCGAUCCCGGACCGAAGAGCGCGCCAUGGCCGCCGCCGAAGCCAUCGAGCGAGCCCGAGAGGCGGCUGUCGCCGAGGCAGAUAGGAUAGCACGCGAGCGAGAGCGGCGCGAGGCGUUGCGGCGCGAGCGUUUGGAAGAAGAAGCGCGUCGCGAGGCCGCCAUCCAGGCUGUCCUCGCCCAAGAGGCGGCGGCGCGGGCGGCUCUCAAGAAGCAAGCGCUCGAAAAAGAAGCGGCCGAGCGACGCUUGUUGGCGCAGCGGGAGGAAGACUGCCGGCGCAAGCGCCUCGCCGACGAGCAGCGACAACGCACUGCGCUGGAGCGCGUCGAGGCGGUGCGGCGCGAAGCACAAGCCCGUGACGCAGCCGAGAAGGAACGGCAGCGCGAGGCUCAGAUGCGCGAGGAAGAGCGCCAGCGGCAGGACGAGCGAGCGCGGCGGCAGCGCGAGGCCGCCCGACGUCAGGAGACCUUCGAACAAGCGUGUAUGGAGCGAACGGAUCGCGAGGCCCAAGCGCGCGAAGCGGCCGACCGAGACGACGCCGCACGCUUGGCACACUAUCGACGUGACACCCACGCGAGCGUCUUGCGGGACCUUGUCGUAUGGGCGCAGGUGCGCGAACACGAAGUGCGCCAACGCCACUUGUCGAGCUAUCUCCUGGCGCUCGAAGACCGGCGGUCGUUCUUGCUCCGGAAGCGGUCGCGCGUCGAUGCUUACGCCGGCGCGAUCCUUGGUGUAGCCCACGUCUCGCGCGCUCGCUGGUGGCGUGUGUGGGUUCGCGAGUAUGGAAUGCACAUCGAGAGACGCGCGGCCAUCUGCCUUCAACGCGCCUGGCGCCGGUGGCAGCACUUUCGUCGACACGCCGCCGCCCGCGUCCAGUCGGCGUUCCGAGGCUUCCAUCUCCGGCGCAAGCUUGCGUCCGCCCUCGAGCUCGCCAAGUUUGUCGACGACGAUGACUUUGACUACGACCAAGUCGACGUCGAUGCAUUCCUUGGGCCAGUGGACGACUUCGACCUUGACGAGGAACCGCCGCCGAGGCCUCGCGUCGGCUGGGAAGCCACGCCCGAGACCGAGUCCGACCAAGGGACCAGCGUGGCUUUGCCCGACGCCGCCCCAACAGCGUACCCGGUCAUCGACAACCAGCGACGAGACGACGAAGGUGAGGAUCAAGCGGUCGUUGCUCCGCUGCCUUUGCCCGCGCCUCCCGAAAGCACCGCCUCCAAGCUCUACCAGCGCAUGCAGAAGGCUGUCAAGAUGCACCGACCAAAGCUGGCGCGCAACCCGCCACCGAAAAAAGCUCAAGUCGACGACGUAUCGCAGAGCGUCACGUGGUCGACGAGCGGCAAGAAGGCCAAGAAGGUCAACGUACCGUCGCUCGUCGAGCGGCUGCGGCGAACGACCGCGGCCUCCCGAUAG